AUGCCUCGCCUGGCUCUCGUACCGCUCCUCGCUCUGGUCGCCUCAGGGCUCAGCCUGCCGUCCCUCGUUCAGGGUGGAAGUCUGGGCGAGCAGGUCGCCAAACGCCAGGACAGAGCCGGAACUGCGACCGUUUCGCUGAGCCAGGCCUCAGGCACUCCUGCGUAUCUCGCUUCUGGUUUCAUUUACGGCAUUCCGGACAAUUCCAACCAGGUUUCGACCCAGAUUCCUGAUCACUUUUUCACGGAUAUCAAGUUCCAGUACUGCCGGGCUGGCGGUGCCCAGCUCCCGGUUCCCUCCCGUGGAUGGAUCUAUGGAAUCGAGGAGUAUCGUAACCGCUUCGGCUCCGCCUUGUCCAACUACCGCACCACGCGAAAGUUUGGCGCUCGUUUCAUCCUGCUCGUCCACGAUCUCUGGGGAGCGGACAGCACUCAGGGCACAGAUGCGCCCUAUCCCGGCGACAACGGCGAUUGGACGAGUUAUGAUAGGUACCUCACCCAGCUCAUUUCCGACCUGAAGGCGAACAACAUGUUGGAGGGCCUGGACAUCGAUAUCUGGAAUGAGCCGGACGGCAGCCUGUUCUGGACUCGGACCGUCGAACAGUGGACCGCGAUGUGGAACAGGGCCUUGCCGCGCUUCCGGAACGAACUCCCCGGUGUUAUCAUCAUGGGCCCGUCUAUUUCUAACCCCCCUUCCCCCGGACAUAAAUGGUGGGACGGGUUUGGCGCCGCCAUCAGCCGGAGCGGCAACAUCCCCGACGUCUACAGCUGGCACAGUUUGUCCUAUCCUUUGGAUCCCCAACUUAGUGCCGCGGACAUUGCCACAUGGCGGAACAAGUAUGGGCUUCCGGCGCGGCCCCAGAACAUUAACGAGUACGGCGCCCCGGACGAACAAUCUCCCGCUCACUCGGCCUGGCACAUCUCACGCCUUGAGCGUAACAACAUCCGCGGGCUUCGUGCCAACUGGGCCAGCGUCUACGAGCUCCACGACUACAUGGGCAAUCUCCUCGGCAAGCCGGGCGCUGGAACCACGUCGUACAACCCCCACGGUCAAGGUUACUAUCCCGCGGGCGAAUGGCACGUGUACAAGUAUUACGGCACCAACAUGACCGGCACCCGCGUUGCCACAGCCGGUUCCGCCGAUCGCGCCUUCGACGUGUACGCCACGCGGGGCAGUACCGCCAACUCGGUCAAGAUCUUGGCCAGCUCGAGAGGAGCAGACGGCAUCUGGGACAUCAAGGUCACCGGCUUGGACGCUGUCGGUCUCCCGGUAUCAGGCUCGGUCUCCACCCAAACCUGGAGGUUUGACUACAAAGGGAAAUACGGUGAGGUCGGCACCCCUGUCAACCUCGGCGUCGUUGUCCAUCAGUACAGCAAUAACGAGGUAUGGGUUCCAGGUUUGGAGAAGCGAGCAGCCGGACAGCGCCGCUAA